AUGGUCCACUUGCUCCAUAAGUUUAGGAACCAUCCCAAACACCCGGAUGCGGAAGAACUGGAAUCGAAGCUGACACCAAUACAAGAGAAACCAGUACAAGAUGAUCCGGCUUCUUCCGCGGAACGUGUUGUUCAUGAUGCCGCAAGGAGAUCCAACCCUGGAAACCCGGUAGUGAGCAGCAUGCCUACGUCCGAGGAAGACUUUCCGGACUUCCCGGAACCAGAGAUCUCGGCUAUGCCGCUCGAUGGCAAGCACGCUGCAAGGAUACACUACACAUAUUACCCUGCCUCUUCGUCGAGACUGAGCCAUCCCAACCCCUUCGCACAGUCACUCAUCGUGUUCUUGAAUGGGCUGAUGCUCCCUAGAAGCUCGUGGGAUCAGAGCAUAAGUGCUUUCUUGGAGAAGCGAGUCAGAGCAGGCCUUCCGUAUCCUGCUUUGCUCAGUUAUGAUCGCUUCGGUCAAGGAGAUUCAGACCGCGAUCCCAAUGACAAAGAACCUCCACCCAGCCAUGGCCACGACGUAAUGUCUGCGGUACGCGACCUCAAGCAGUUCACACUACAGAUAUGGAAAGAGCACCUUCAGACCAGCAACCCGUCCCAGUAUCCCUGCCUUGUCUUCGUGUGUAACAGCAUCGGAUGCGCUAUUGCACGACUGUUUGCGCAAACGUACCCUGGCACCGUUUGUGGCAUGUUGUUCCUUGAUAGCAUCAUGGCCAAUUCUGACUAUACGAACAUGUGGCCGAAUCCUGACGCCCCCGGGUUUGAUCCGCACACCUUACCUGGCGAUGUAACAGCAGACGAGGUGAGGGAAACGAGGGAGAAAUACAGAAAAAUGUUUCAUCCCGAUGUGCCGAACAUGGAAGGCUUGUCGAGACGCAACUUGGCGACGUUGCUACCAGAGGCUGACGGACCUCGACUGGAAGGCUGGGGCGGCGCUGGACCGUACCUCACGGUAGUAGGUCAUGACUGGGAAACAUUUGCCGAGCAAUCAUCUAACUUCCCCGACAAAGACCAGGGCUCCCUACAUAUACCGAAGGUGCUGACGAUGACGUACGCAAAUCCAGUGUGGCAGGCCCACAAUUCGGAUCUAACGCGGAUUACCGACGAGGGCAAAGCCAUCGGUCCGCUUAUAGCCCUCAACUGUGGGCAUUUCAUCCAGAGGGACAGUCCCAAGUUUGUGAGCGAAGAGAUGAUUUCUUUGCUAGAUCGAGUCGUCAAUCGGGUUGAGCAAGUCAGUGAACGAACGCCCGAGAUUAGGAGGGAGAUGAUCCGUCAUAGCACAGAUUACGGUUUCCACAAGCAGAAUGCGGACAAUUAUUCAUACUAUGGCGGCGAGAUAUAA